AUGGGCGAUUACACGGCCUUUUUCUAUGGAACUCUCAUGGCGCCUGGCGUCCUCCAUCGCGUCAUCCACGGCACCCACAAUCCCGAGCCGUGGCAGAAAGACCUGAUCACCGUCCGGCCCGCCAUGCUGCAGAACUAUCGUCGACACAGAGUGAGAUACGCGGAUUACCCGGCCAUAAUACCCCACUCCGGCUCCAGGGUACGGGGGAGCCUGGUGACCGGACUGACGCAGGGGGAUAUCUACCGGUUGGACAUCUUCGAAGGCCGCCAGUACAAGCGGGAUGUCGUGAAGGUACAAGUUUUGAAGGAUGUGGAACUGGAUCAAGCUGCCCCCGAACAAGACAGAGACGACGAAGUCCUGGAAGAAGUCGAAGCACAAACAUAUGUCUGGCUUGAAGGUGAAGAGACGUUAGAGCCCGAAGAAUGGGAUUUUGAAGCGUUCAAACGAGACAAGAUGCGUGCUUGGAUGGGCAUUGUGGAGGACGACGAUGUCGAGAUCGAUGAGGGCUUCGCUGACGUCGACAGGGCAGUAGCAGAGGAAGAUUCGCGGCGGACAGUGGACAAGGCAAAGGAGAAUGGGAACCACACCACAACACAUGACCCAAUGGGUGGAAGAGGGGCGAAUGGGCAUAUUACGCAGCAGUUGAAAGAUGCUGCCGUAUAG